AUGGCAGGAAAUGAGGAUGAUGGACAAGUUCAUUCACCUCGAACAAGGGGCAUCAUUCAACACUUUGAACGCCAAGUAAGGGUGCAUGUUGAACACCUUGAUGAGGAUGUUCGAGUUACCAACGAACGCCUUGGCCAAUUGGAGGCCACGCAGAUCGACACCAACACCAAGCUGACCUCAAUGGCGAACACGCUUGGGGCUCUUAACACCUCUCUUGUAGGUAUUUUGGCACGUUUGGAUAGGAUGGACCAGGAGGGUCGUGAUGGUUCGGGACGGCGCAACAACAACAACACUGAGGGUAGCAUUGCUGGGCAAGAUGAGGAAGAAUAUUCAGCUGACACGGAGCUUGAUGGGGAGGUAAAUGGCCAACAUAACCAGCAGCAGCGCCGCCGUCGACAUGGUGGACAUGCUCGUCAACCACGACGUGAGGUACGCGACAAUGAUGAUUCUUUAGGGAAGAUUAAAUUUAGCAUGCCCUCUUUUGAUGGAAAAUAUGACCCCAAUGCAUAUCUCACUUGGGAGCUAGCUGUUGAUCAAAAAUUUGCAUGUCAUGAUUUUCCUGAAAACAAACGUAUUAGGGCUGCUACUAGUGAGUUUACUGAUUUUGCUUCUAUUUGGUGGAGCGAAUAUGUGCGCAGCCACCCAAACAACACUCCACAAACUUGGGAUGCUAUGAAAAGAGUUAUGCGAGCUAGAUUUGUUCCCUCUUAUCAUGCACGUGAUCUUUUGCAUAAGCUUCAGCUUUUGAGACAGGGAAACAAAUCUGUAGAAGAGUACUAUCAAGAGUUGCAAACAGGGAUGCUUCGUUGUGGUUUGGUAGAAAAUGAGGAUGCAGCUAUGGCUAGGUUUAUGGGUGGGCUGAAUCGGGAAAUUCAGGAUAUUUUGGCUUACAAAGAAUACAAUUCGAUCACUCGUUUGUUUCAUCUUGCUUGUAAAGCUGAAAGGGAAGUACAGGGACGGAGAGCUAGCACGAGAACUAACAUUUCUGCAGGUCGUGCUACCUCUUGGACGCCAUCCAACCCCGCUGCCCAACUGUACCGAGUCGCUGCCCCAUCUUCAUCAAGCAGCAAACCACGACCUUUGACAACGAACUCCUCACCAUGCCCUCCUGAACCCACAAAGGGGGCAGCCGCUGCACCAACCAAGAGUUCAUCCUCAAUUGCAUCCUCAGGGCGAAUGAGAGACAUUCAAUGCCUCCGCUGCAAAGGUUACGGUCAUGUGCGCAAGGACUGCCCAAGCGCACGUGUGCUAGUUGUGUGUCCUAAUGGUGAGUAUUCCUCUGCUAGUGAUUUAGAUGAAGAAACAUAUGCUUUGCUUGCAGCUAACAAUGUAGGGGAAGAUGAGGAGCACAACAAAAAUGAGGAGCACAUUGGAACGGAACAUGCUGAAAACUAUGAGAGCCUUGUGGUGCAGCGAGUGUUGAGUGCACAAAUGGAGAAGGCUGAACAAAAUCAGCGCCACACUUUGUUUCAAACCAAGUGUGUGAUCAAGGAACGUUCUUGCCGAGUCAUCAUUGAUGGAGGGAGCUGCAACAACUUGGCAAGUGCUGAAAUGGUGGAGAAGCUUGCAUUGUGCACCCAGCCACAUCCACAACCUUACUACAUUCAAUGGCUAAACAGCAGCGGUAAGGUGAAGGUAACACGGUUGGUGAGAGUUAAUUUUGCUAUUGGUUCUUAUCAUGAUUCUAUUGACUGCGAUGUUGUACCCAUGCAAGCAUGCUCUAUGUUGUUAGGACGACCAUGGCAAUUUGACAUUGAGGAGUAUGCGGACAUUUUUCCAAAUGAGGUCCCACCAGGGCUGCCACCAACCCGUGGGAUUGAGCACCAGAUUGACCUUAUUCCCGGAGCCUCAUUGCCCAACCGUGCGCCAUACAGGACCAACCCCGAGGAAACUAAAGAGAUUCAGCGCCAAGUGCAAGAAUUGCUCGAUAAAGGUUAUGUGCGUGAGUCUCUUAGCCCUUGCGCUGUUCCUGUCCUUUUGGUUCCUAAGAAAGAUGGAUCAUGGCGCAUGUUCUCUUUUCUUGGCUAUGUUGUGACCCCACAGGGAAUUGAAGUUGAUCAAGCCAAGGUUGAAGCAAUACAUAGCUGGCCGGUUCCCACAACGGUCACACAAGUGAGAAGCUUUCUCGGGCUUGCUGGAUUUUAUCGCCGUUUUGUGAGGGAUUUCAGCACCAUUGCAGCCCCAUUGCAUGAACUCACCAAGAAGGGCGUUACAUUCACUUGGGCUGCAGCACACAAGAGUGCUUUUGACACAUUGAAAGAUAAGUUAACCCAUGCCCCUUUGCUCCAACUCCCUGAUUUCACUAAAACUUUUGAACUUGAAUGUGAUGCUAGUGGAAUUGGUUUGGGAGGUGUUUUGUUACAAGAAGGAAAACCUGUAGCAUAUUUCAGCGAGAAGUUGAGUGGGCCUAGUUUGAACUAUUCUACUUAUGAUAAAGAAUUGCUUGCUCUAGUUCGGACUUUAGAAACAUGGCAGCAUUAUUUAUGGCCCAAAGAGUUUGUUAUACAUUCUGAUCAUGAAUCAUUGAAGCAUAUUCGAAGUCAAGCAAAACUGAACCGUAGGCAUGCUCGCUGGGUUGAAUUCAUUGAGUCCUUUCCUUAUGUCAUCAAACACAAGAAAGGGAAGGAAAAUGUAAUUGCUGAUGCUUUGUCUAGACGUUAUACCGGAUUUGUAUUUCGAGCUAACAAGCUAUGCAUUCCAGCUAGCUCCGUGCGUAUGUUAUUAUUGCAGGAGGCGCAUGGAGGAGGGCUGAUGGGACACUUUGGUGCAAAGAAGACGGAAAGCAUCCUUGCUGAUCAUUUCUUUUGGCCCAAGAUGAGGAGGGAUGUGGAGAGAUUCAUUGCUCGCUGCACAACAUGCCAAAAAGCUAAGUCACGCCUUAAUCCUCACGGAUUGUACAUGCCUCUAACUGUUCCUAAUGCACCAUGGGAGGAUAUUUCUAUGGAUUUCGUUUUAGGACUGCCUAGAACAAAGAAGGGGAGGGAUAGUGUCUUUGUGGUUGUGGAUAGAUUUUCUAAGAUGGCACAUUUUAUACCAUGUCAUAAGACCGAUGAUGCUACUCAUGUUGCUGAAUUGUUCUUUCGUGAGAUUGUUCGUUUGCAUGGUGUACCAAACACAAUUGUUUCAGAUCGUGAUGCAAAAUUUCUUAGUCAUUUUUGGAGAACUUUGUGGGCUAAAUUGGGUACUAAGUUGCUUUUUUCCACUACUUGUCAUCCCCAAACUGAUGGACAAACCGAGGUUGUGAAUAGAACUUUAUCUACCAUGCUUAGGGCAGUUUUGAAAAAGAACAUAAAAUUGUGGGAAGAAUGUUUGCCUCAUGUUGAGUUUGCUUACAAUCGUUCACAACACUCUACUACUAAAAAGAGCCCUUUUGAGAUUGUUUAUGGUUUUGUGCCUCGUGCCCCUAUUGAUUUGCUGCCUUUACCUUUGGUUUGGCUGCACUUGAGAAAGGAUCGGUUUCCUGAUUUGAGAAAGUCAAAGUUGCUUCCGAGAGCUGCUGGUCCUUUUAAAGUUGUAGCUAAGAUCAAUGAUAAUGCCUACAAACUUGAGUUGCCUGCAGAUUUUGGGGUCAGCCCCACAUUUAACAUUGCAGAUUUGAAACCAUAUUUGGGCGAGGAAGAUGAACUUGAGUCGAGGACGACUCACAUGCAAGAAGGGGAGGAUGAUGAGGACAUCCCUUCCAAUGAUACAACCACGCCUACUAUGCAGCAAGGACCAAUGACAAGAGCCCGUGCUCGAGAGCUAAAUUAUCAGGUUAACUCAUUCCUCACUGUCCAUAAACCCUCAUCUCAGAAUUGGAUGCUACUAAGUCAUUGUGAUGAUUUUAUUAUUAUUAGGAAUGAUGGAGAGGAGCCUAAUGGAUCAACCAAUCAGUUUGGGCAUCAAGAUCACACAAUAAGAAAGCACAAGAUCGGACAUCAAGUUUAG